GCUGCUGUUGCUUUUAGUGUUUUUUUGUUGUUGUUAGUGCCACUUGCGAUUUUGUGUUUUUAUUGCGCACUCGAAAUUGUUUUGUUAUUUAGAGCUCCGAGCUUGUGCUAACCAUAAUGUCGAUGGCGAAUUCAGCUUAGUUAGUCGCUCGCCGUGUGCGUGUGUGUGCGGGCAUAGAGUUUUCCCCCCGAGCGUUGUGUGUGUGUGUAAAGAGUGCAAGUUAAUGCAAGUUAUUGCAAGUUUGCAGUUGCAUUUGUUUUAUGUUUUUUUGUUUUUGUGCAAAUGUAAUUUAAAAAAAUGUCGCUAUUCGUGGAAUACACAGAGCCGCAGUGGCGGAAUCUAGAUAUGCGAGCCCUGUCCGUGGACGAGGCCUACCUGUACUUGGCGUCGCACUUCCCGGAGCGCACAUACCUGUACACACUGUCCGACGAGUGCUAUACGUGCCCAUACACCAAAGUGAAAGCUCUGCCCGCAGACGACGACGAACCGUUACGUUUGAGCUCUGCAUAUGCGCUAAAUUUCAAAAUAUUCGAACACGAUCAGGGUCACUAUGCCUACGACAAUGUCUCCUCGCUUUGCUGGCUGCGUCGCACUGACCUGCAGGAGUUUGGAGUCUACAACUUGACCCUGGAUGCCAAUGGUACCUGCGCCUUUGCCGUGGACAAACCGGGAGUGCCCAUCAAUUACGCAUUCCUGGCCGUCUUCGUUCUGGUUGCCGCUUUGCUAAUCUUGCUGAAGCUGGCUAGCUGCGCCUGGCGGUGUUAUCGCUACGAUGAGGCCGACGCUGCCGCCGACAGCAUUGGAGCAGCUGCUGCCAAGGCAACGCAAAGGAAGCGCCUGCGCAGCCUGGACACCUUUCGGGGCCUUUCCAUUGUCCUGAUGAUCUUUGUGAAUAGCGGCGGCGGCGGCUACACCUGGAUCGAGCAUGCUGCCUGGAAUGGCCUUCACCUGGCCGACCUGGUCUUUCCGUCCUUCCUCUGGAUCAUGGGCGUCUGCAUUCCGCUUUCCGUAAAGUCUCAGCUCUCGCGCGGCAGCAGCAAGUCCAGGAUUUGCCUGCGCAUCUUGUGGCGCUCAAUCAAGCUUUUUGCCAUUGGCAUCUGCCUCAACUCGAUGAGUGGCACGAAUCUGGAGCAACUGCGUCUCAUGGGCGUACUGCAACGCUUUGGCGUGGCAUUCCUGGUCGUUGGCAUCUUGCACACGCUGUGCAGCCGCCGGGAGCCUAUAAGUCCGCAAAGCUCCUGGCAACGGGCCGUGCAUGAUGUCUGCCUGUUUAGCGGUGAGCUGGCCGUGCUGCUGGCCCUAGUGGCCACUUAUUUGGGGCUGACCUUUGGCCUACGCGUGCCUGGCUGUCCGCGGGGAUAUCUGGGACCCGGCGGCAAGCACGAUUACAAUGCAAAUCCCCAGUGCAUUGGAGGAGCUGCGGGCUAUGUGGAUCUCCAGGUGCUGGGACAGGCGCACAUCUAUCAGCAUCCGACGGCCAAGUAUGUCUACGACUCCACGGCCUUCGAUCCGGAGGGUAUUUUCGGCUGCAUCCUGAGCGUGGUGCAGGUGCUGCUGGGUGGCUUUGCCGGCCUGACACUGCUGGUGCAUUCCACCUGGCAGUCACGCAUUCGUCGCUGGCUGGUCCUGGCCAUCCUGCUGGGCCUCAUCGGCGGCGCUCUGUGCGGUUUCUCACGUGAGGGCGGCGCCAUACCGGUGAACAAGAAUCUCUGGUCGCUGUCCUUUGUCUGCGUCACCGCCAGCCUGGCCCUGGUGAUCCUCUCGCUGCUCUAUUACUUUAUAGACGUCAGGGAGAGGUGGAGCUGGUCGGGUUAUCCCUUUACCGAAUGCGGCAUGAAUGCCAUUGUGAUGUAUGUCGGCCAUUCGGUGAUGCACAAAAUGCUCCCUUGGCACUGGCGAAUCGGACCGAUGAACACGCACUUUAUGCUCCUGCUGGAGGCCACCUGGAACACCCUAGUCUGGGUGGGCAUAGCCCUGUAUCUGGACGCCCGCGAGUUCUACUACAGCCUGUAAAGCACAAAAUAUAUGUGCAUAUAUCCACUUGCCAAAUAAUUUAGCCUUUUGUACAUACAUUGUGAUUUUUACGGAUUUCCAACGACGAAUUUUCCAUCAAGGCACAAAUCAUAAUAAAUAUUUAGUAUUUGUAAAUUAACAGAAAAGUUUUCGUUGCAAGAGAGCGAGAGGUACAUAUAUUAAAUACCAGUUUUUAAAAGUCAAGUAGUCUUGAUUUUGGGUUUUGAAAAAUUAUAUUA